AAAUCUUUGCCAUAGGCUCAAACCCCCUUGGGAAAGUUGACUAUUUGAAACAGAUAAAUUACUGAAAUUAUUGAGUUAGCAAAGCAACCCCAAAACCGCAAUGGCAGAUUCCCCGAAACCUCCUUCGUAAUCUUCACUUGCAGUCGCCGCCUUCCGUUUACCUUCCUUUUCUUCUUCCCCUCUCUUCAAUCUCUCAUUUCGCCAUUGAAAUUCCUUCAAAUCCCCUUCUCAGAUCAUAACAAAUCAAAUCAAAUCAAAUCAGAUCAGGCCAUGCAACCCACCUCAGCUCUAAUUCUCGCAUCCGUCGCCAGUUUCUCCGUCGCAACCCUAUUCCUCUUCUGCAUCUUCUUCCUCUGCCGACACCUCAAAUCCAAGCAUCAAACCACCCGCCAACAGCAAGUUCGCGACCGCAAUUUAGAUCUCUCCUCCAUCACCGUCGAUGAGAGCGCCUCCUUCGAUCCUUCCCUCAGAAUCUCCAUGGCUGAACUCCGUGUCGCUACCAAGAAUUUCAGCAACGAUUUAGUCGUCGGCGAUGGCUCCUUCGGCCUCGUUUACAAGGCUCGCCUCUCCUCCGGCGCUACCGUCGCCAUCAAGAAACUCAAUCCUGACGCCUUCCAAGGAUUCCGAGAAUUCCGCGCCGAGAUGGAAACUCUCGGAAAACUCCGCCAUCGGAACAUCGUCAAAAUCUUGGGAUACUGUGUUUCCGGCUCCGAUAGGCUCUUGAUCUACGAAUUCAUAGAGAGAGGAAGUCUCGAUAAUUGCUUGUACGAGACGUCGACUUCGGCGGAGGCCGAUCAGGAUUCCGAUGGUUAUUUGCCCUCACGGCUGCCAUUGCCCUGGGAGACCAGAUUGAAGAUCAUGAGAGGCGUUGCUAAUGGGCUUUCCUAUUUACAUGGGCUUCCUCAGCCCAUUAUCCAUAGAGAUAUCAAGGCCGGCAAUGUCUUAUUGGACUCCGAAUUCGAGGCCCAUAUUGCUGAUUUUGGGCUGGCCCGUAUGAUUGAAACCUCUAAUUCCCACGUUUCUACUCAGUUCGCCGGAACUAUGGGCUACAUGCCGCCGGAGUACAGGGCCGGAGUGACGGUGGCGACGGUGAAGGCUGACGUGUACAGUUUUGGGAUUUUAAUGUUUGAGAUUGCCAUGGGCCAGAGGCCCAAUUUGCCUAUGUUAUUGGACGACAGAGAAGUGGGCUUAAUAGAAUGGGCUAGGAUUUUAGUGGCCCAAAAUAAACAUAUGGAAAUGGUUGAUGCUAGCAUUUCCAAGGAUGAACUAAUAGAGGCCAAUGUGAAGGAAUAUUUUAGGAUUGCUUGUUUGUGCACGAGUGAGAAUUCUAGAGAAAGACCUCCCAUGUCUAAUGUUGUUGAGCUCUUGGAUCGAAUUUGCAACGUGAAACUACGGGACGAUGACGAGUAUCAAAAUAAGCUCGACGAGUAAUUUUGGCAACAACCGCGACAUCGGCAUUUCAUGUGGAUCAGAUGCACAACAAUUUCAAUUGUAAGGAAUGUAAAUAGUGUGUUGAGCCAAUUAUUCAAAUAGGUAAAAUGUAGAGUGAUGUUCUUGAGUUUUUAUUUCUUUUUUCUUUCUAAAAGUGUAGGUGAAACAGAAAUUUGAAUCUUUCAAUGAUAAUCUUAAACUAACUUAAACUUGA